AUGAAAAGGAACAGCAGCAGCAUCACCCAUCGGGGCGCCCUUCUCCGCAAGGGCUGGCCGAGAGCGGCUCCCUCGGCCGCGCCCAUACGCCUCUCCUCGGGUGCCGCCCGCAUGGCCAGCAGCGUGCCUAGCGCGACCCAGGGGGGGCGAUCGGUGUAUCUUGACAUGCAGGCCACCACCCCGGUGGACCCGCGCGUGCUGGACGCCAUGCUGCCCGUCUACACCGAGGCCUAUGGCAACCCCCACUCCCGCACCCACCACUACGGCUGGGAGACACAGGACCUCGUCGAGGACGCCCGCGAGAAAGUGGCGCGGCUCAUCGGGGCCGACGCGAAGGAGGUGGUGUUCACGUCGGGCGCCACGGAGUCGAACAACGCGGCCAUCAAGGGCGUGGCCCGCUUUUACGGCGAGAAGCGCAAACACAUCAUCACCACCGUCACGGAGCACAAGUGCGUGCUGGACUCGUGCCGGGUGCUGGAGGCGGGCGAGGGGUUCGAGGUGACGUACCUGCCGGUGGAGAAGAACGGGGUGCUGGACGUGGCCAAGCUCGAGGCGGCGAUGAGGCCCGACACGGUGCUGGUGAGCGUGAUGGCGGUGAACAACGAGAUCGGGGUCAUCCAGCCCGUCGGCGAGAUCGGGCAGCUGUGCCGGCGGCGGGGCGUGUUCUUCCACUGCGACGCGGCGCAGGCCGUGGGCAAGAUCCCGCUCGACGUGAACGCGAUGAGCAUCGACCUGCUCUCCAUCAGCGGUCACAAGCUCUACGGCCCGAAGGGCGUCGGCGCGCUCUACGUGCGGAGGAAGCCCCGCGUGCGGCUUCACCCGAUCAUCAGCGGCGGCGGGCAGGAGCGCGGCCUGCGGAGCGGGACGGUGCCGACGCCGCUGGUCGUGGGCCUGGGCAAGGCGUGCGAGGUGGCCCUCGAGGAGAUGGAGCGCGACGGCGCGUGGGUCAAGCACCUCUUCCACCGCCUCUACGACGGCAUCCGCGCGCGCGUGCCCGAGGUCUACCUCAACGGCGACCUCGAGCGCCGGUACCACGGCAACCUCAACAUCUCCUUCGCCUACGUCGAGGGCGAGUCGCUCCUCAUGGCCCUCAAGGAGGUGGCCCUCUCCUCGGGCUCGGCCUGCACCUCGGCCUCCCUGGAGCCCUCCUACGUGCUGCGCGCCCUCGGCGUCUCCGAGGACAUGGCCCACACCUCGCUCCGCUUCGGCAUCGGCCGCUUCACCACCGAGCGCGAGGUCGACCACGCCAUCGAGCUCUGCGCCAAGCACGUCGACCGCCUCCGCGAGAUGUCCCCGCUCUGGGAGAUGGUCAAGGAGGGCGUCGACAUCUCCAAGAUCCAGUGGACCCAGCACUAG